CUUGAUAAUAUCAGAAACAAGGAAGAGAAAAUCCAGGCUGGAUUGAGAGCAAGCAGCUGUGUUGGGGUAGAGGAGCACCAUGCUGUUGACAUUGAUCUCUACCAUUGUCCCAACUGUGCAAUUCUCCAUGGACCUUCUCUGAUGAAGAAGAGGAGAAACUGGCACAGACAUGACUACACAGAGCCAGAUGAUGGCUCCAAACCAGUGCAGGCUGGAACACGGACCUUUGUUAAACAGCUGCGGGCUCGCUCUUUCCCAAGUGCUGAUGAAGUAAUUUUGAAAAUGCAUGGAAGCCAGUUAACACAAAGAUACCUGGAGAAACAUGGGUUUGAUGUUCCCAUUAUGGUUCCUAAAUUAGAUGGUCUGGGACUCAGACUUCCUCCACCAACUUUCUCUGUUUUAGAUGUGGAACGCUAUGUAGGUGGUGACAAAGUGAUAGAUGUCAUAGAUGUAGCAAGACAAGCAGACAGUAAAAUGAAGCUCCAUAAUUACAUUAAGUAUUUCACCAAUCCUGACCGACCCAAAGUAUUGAAUGUGAUCAGCCUGGAAUUCUCGGACACAAAGAUGUCUGAAUUAGUGGAAGUGCCAGACAUUGCCAGAAAGCUUUCGUGGGUGGAAAAUUACUGGCCAGAUGAUUCUGUCUUCCCUAAGCCUUUUGUUCAGAAGUAUUGCUUGAUGGGUGUCCAGGACAGCUAUACUGAUUUUCAUAUUGAUUUUGGAGGAACAUCAGUUUGGUACCAUGUUCUCUGGGGUGAGAAAAUAUUCUAUUUGAUCAAGCCCACUGAUGAAAAUUUGGCUCUCUAUGAGUCCUGGAGUUCAUCUGUCACCCAGAGUGAAGUGUAUUUUGGGGACAAGGUUGACAAGUGUUACAAGUGUGUUGUGAAGCAAGGACACACUUUAUUUGUUCCAACAGGCUGGAUUCACGCUGUGCUCACAUCUCAGGAUUGUAUGGCUUUUGGAGGAAACUUUUUGCACAACCUCAACAUUGGCAUGCAGCUCAGGUGUUAUGAAAUGGAGAAGAGACUAAAAACCCCGGAUCUUUUCAAAUUUCCCUUCUUUGAAGCCAUCUGUUGGUUUGUGGCCAAAAACUUACUGGAAACAUUGAAAGAACUGAGGGAAGAUGGUUUCCAGCCUCCAGGCUAUUUAGUGCAAGGAGUGAAGGCUUUACUUACUGCUUUAAAAUUAUGGAUGAAAAAAGAACUUGUAACAGAACAUGCCUUUGAAAUUCCAGACAACAUUAGGCCUGGGCAUCUCAUCAAAGAGCUCUCUAAAGUGAUUCGUUCUGUAGAGGAGGAAAACAGCAAAUUAGUUAAAACUCAGGGAAUUCUUGGUGUGUCUCCAAGUUCACGAUCUUCACAUGAAACAGCUUCCCCUCACCACUCCAGACGAAGGGUGAGGAAGCUGAGAGACCAUGCUACCAAAACUCCUUCUAAUCUGGACAUCCUGGAGCUCCACACCAGGGAGGUGCUGAAAAGGCUGGAGAUGUCACCGUGGGAAGAGGAUAUCACAAGCUCAAAACUGAACGGGAGGUUUAACAAACCCUUUCAGCCCUCUUCUACAGUACCUGAGUGGAGAACAAAAGACAAUGAUCUUCGCCUUCUGCUGUCAAAUGGAAGAAUAAUUAGAGAUGAGAGACGUCCAUUUACAGAUCGAAGUCUUUACACAGCAGACAGUGAAGAUGAAGAUGACAGGACAAGGUCGAAAAAGACAGCUGUUAAGGUAGAAGACCAGCCCUCAGGAUUUGAAGGAGAAGGGAAUGCAGAUGCCCAGAAACCACUGAACAUGUUCUUUGAAAGUGUGAAAUCAGAACUCAGGAAUGGAUCCUCAGAGUACUCUGAUAUUUCUGAUUCAGAAGAAUCUGAGCCUGAUUGCACUACACAGCAGAAGGAUUCCUCCAUAGAGGAGUCAGAAAGCUCAGGUGAUGAAGAGAAGCAGGAAGUAACAUCAAAUUUCAGAGAGGAAUCUAAGGUCACAAGAGACCUUUGUCAAAAUACCCAGAAGCCAUCCAGAAAUGAAACUCCCAGUAAAAAGGAAUGUCCUACCUCGACAAGUACAGAAGAAGAAGCUAUUCAGGGCAUGCUUUCUAUGGCAGGAUUGCACUAUACUACAUGUUUACCAGGUCAUACUCAAAGCACAGACUGCACAAAUAAAAGAACCUCUCUUCAGGAACACAGAAGCUACCCCAGGAGUCGGCAUAAAGACAGACAGCCAUCUCAGAGCCACAGAACCAUAGAAUGUGGUAGGUCUGUGAAGGAGGAGGAAGGAGACUUGGGAACUUCAGCAUGGACUAGACACCUGAAUGAAGCUUCAAGGAUUGCCCCUCAGGAUGCAAAUAAAACUCAAAAAUAUAUCAAGAAGGAGGGUGCAUCUGAAGCAAGUCUUAAGGUUCAGGAAAACAGAAGCAUAGUCCACAGCAACAGCUUGAGUUUUCAGCAUGGCAAAUACACACGAGACUCCAGCCUGGUGCAAGCAGAAUGUCAGCUGAGUGAUGGCAGCCUUAGCCCUGACAGGCCCUAUGGUGAAACAUCCCUGUCUGUACCACUGCACCCAACAAAGAGGCCAGCAUCCAACCCACCCCCCAUCAGCAACCAGGCAACAAAAGGCAAACGUCCAAAGAAAGGAAUGGCAACUGCGAAACAGCGCCUUGGGAAGAUCCUGAAGCUGAACCGGAAUGGCCAUGCACGCUUCUUUGUUUAAUGUAGCUGCUACUUCUACUACUGCUCUUUCCUACACAGACCAGUAUUGAGGGCAACAGAGCCUGGAGCUGCUGUUAUUCCUCUGCUUGAAGCAGACUUGCAUGUACCAUAGAAAACACUGCCUGAUGAACAAAAGAGAGAAAGAAAAAGGAAAAAAAAAAAAAAAAAAGAAAAAGAAAGAAAAAAACAAAAACAUACAAAAAAAACCAACCCAAUGCUGCAUUUUCACUGUGCCACACCUGCUCAGCAAUAACCAUUCGGGAACGGGGAAAUCUUCAGAGAGACACGGACUGUGAGAAAUAGUCUCUCAUCAGGGCUUGAAUAUCAUUUGUUGCUGGUAGUUUCUGACCUAAAUUAAUGAGGGGAAGAUGAUGAAGGUGGUUUAUCAAUAAUUUAUUUCUGAUAGAUUUUUCACAACUUUAAAAUUCGUUUAAGAAACUAUUUAUUUGGAAGACUUUUUUCUGUGGGGGGUUAUUAAUUUAGAUUUAAUAAUGUGAAAGUUUUAAAUUGUUUUGAUAAUGUGUGUUUGGUGCAGUGGAGAGCCACAUUAAUUGUGAUUAGUCUGGACUCCUAAAUUUGAUAUUCAGGUUAUAGUCUUAAAUAGGGGUGAGAUGCAUUAUUAAUUAUUUUUUAAAUUAAGGCAUAAGGAAUCUUAUUUUUUUUCCUGCUUUUUGUAAGCUGUUGGCUGGGCUUCUGUUGACUUGCAAGUUGCAUAUUCUCUGCCAGCUUGAUUAUUUUUUGACCUGUCCUUUUUAAUAUCAGAUUUAUUUAUUGAAUGGACUAGAAGAGACUCCUAAAGACAGAAGAAUUUUCUUAUGUCAGUCCAGUAGCUAACUUGUUUUGAACUGCACCUCUUUCCUCCAAAUCUCAGUUCAUAUUUUCCUCCUGAUGAUCUGUCUGUGAUGAUCUUCUUCUGUAAAAAGACUCCCUGAAAAUGUAUUUGUUCAAGUUAUUUAAGAGUGGAUACAAAGGAGGAAGACCCUAUAGAUCUUUUGGAGGAACGAGGACAUCAGUUAAGAUAAAUGUUUCUUCAGAACAGUUGCUCUCAAAUAACUGAUAAGAUACACAUUGCAGUCAUAAGAUUUGGCAUUUUACUUAAUGUAGCGUGGAAGAAGCAUUAAAAUGUUGUUAUUGUAUGUUAAACACAUUUUACUGAAGAGUCAUGAAAGCAG